GGUCACCGGCGGCGCCCGGGCGACCACUGCAGUCGACUCCCCGACUCCUGUCCCCGCAUCAUCCGUAAGCCUCCUAAACAAAGCCCCCCGUCAGAGCAGAUCAAAAAUGGCCUUCUCAAGUUUACUCCACGAUGCUGAGGUCACUGCAGCCCUGGACGCAUGCAAAGCUGCCGGAUCGUUCGACCACAAGAAAUUCUUCAGCGCCUGCGGCCUGGCCCACAAGUCCAUCGACGACUUGAAGAAGGCUUUCGCCAUCAUCGAUCAGGACCACAGCGGUUACAUUGAGGAGGAGGAGCUCAAGCUGUUCCUGCAGAACUUCAAGUCAGGUGCACGCACCCUGAACGACGCCGAGACCAAGGUUUUCCUCAAGGCCGGCGACACCGACGGAGAUGGCAAGAUUGGCGUUGAUGAGUUCACCACCUUGGUCAAGCAUUAAACCGGGGCAACAGACUAACAAGACCUGCUCUGAUGGAACAACAACACCCACGUCGAACCUCCCCCCCUUUUCAUCUGAACAGAAAUCAUUUUUAUACAUUUGCCGAAGAGACAUUUCCUCCUACGCAACACGCUGUCCAGAAAAAGUAAAGAAAGAAAUGGUGAUUGUGACUGUUCAUGUCUUGAAUAUUCAUUUUUGCUUUCUGUCAAAUCUAUGCACUUUCCAGGAACAUAACGGUGGAAAAGAAUAAAUAUUCUUUUGGCUGCGGUCUUAUUGGAGGUUUACCACGUGUCUUUUCAAGUAUGUGAACAUCUGAAAAGCGCUUAAUAAAAGGUGUG